AUGCAGGUCCCCAAUGUAACUCUGGAUGACCUCCAGGCCUUCCAAUCUAAGCACUUCUUGGGUCAACAGCUGACCGUGGUUUCCCAAGAAAAUGACCAAACCACAGACGAGGAUCUCGGAUACUACCCAGAUGGAGUGAAGCGCACACUUACAGAUGAGCAAAUUCGCAUUUUCAGACACAGUGAAAUCCAUGCCCUGCUGCGAGAGAGGCAGCUCAAGGAUGACGAGGAGCAGUACCAAGCUCGGAUGCAGCCAUCUCUAGAUGAUGGACCAGAGGGGAAACCGGACACUGCAUCGGAGAAGCGGCCUCUAGAUGCUGAGUCUCAGAUGCAGGGUGGAGAACAGAAGCGGUCGAAACCACAGCCACGGAAGGGAUCUAAGAAACACACUCGAGAGGAUAAGCCGUCGACGCUCCUAGACUACGGGGAUGACUCUAGUGAAACGAAAAAGGCUAGGCCACCGGUGUCACAAAUGCCCUACCAAGGUCGCAGAAUUAUCUCCUACGAUGACUGA